GAUAAGGCCACUGCUGGGACAGUGGGCCUGCUAUAGGUCCCCAGGCUAAGAGACGGGAGGCUGCUCUGUAACUCAAUACAAGGAUUGCCGCGCCACACCUGCGCACAUUGGUGAUGUCCUUCGGCAGCCGACCAUCGGGAGGGCCCGACAAACAGCAGCCGCCUGUGGCACUCUUCGUGACUACCGAGCCAACGACAAUGUUAGCCACCAUUUCUGAAUCGUGCGGAUGUUUUGAUCAAGAAGGUCGCGAUGAUAAGAGUCGGUUGCUACCGCAAAGCGUAUUGCCCCACUCCGGUACGAACCCUGAAGGUUACAUCGCACGCACGACGAUCUGGACAUGGCCCAACUUGGAGCUGCAGCCGAUAUCCAAGCUGCUCCCUACAAAAGAAAGCAUGGGCUGGUGGAAUUUGAUAGCUUUCCAACGCCUCUCGAAAUGCACGACGUCCUUCGUUUCGGCGGCUUAUUGCUGCUCGCGUCGGUAUCAGUUCAAGCUCGCGGGAUUCCAACAAUCCCUUUGGUGGAUACCGAUGGCAAACUAAGCCUGAGCGGGAUCAGCAGCAUCGUUGUGGACAGCCAGUACGCUGAGUCUACUAAUACCAAAGGGGAGACUCUGAUACCACCUUCACUAGAAGAAUUUGCGAAAACUUUUGCGGAAGACCUCAGAGGACUGCAUGUCAAUGUCAGCUGCCAGACCGGAGCUAACGCAUCUGCUGGAUCCAUCUUUCUUACUCUCGGGGAGCCGGAAGCAUAUCUCGACGUUGCUGGACGGGAAUCUGCGGAAGGUUACUCGCUGUCUGUAUCGAGCGAUGGCAUACAGAUCGCGGGAGCCAGUUCUCUCGGUGCUUGGUGGGCAACGCGAACCGUUCUCCAGCAGGCCAUUUUAGGCAAUGGUUCAAUCCCAUACGGUUCUUUCAGCGACACUCCGGGGUGGGGAAUCCGAGGAAUGAUGCUUGAUGCCGGUCGCCACUACUAUCCUCCUGAUUUUCUGAUGGAAAUGUGCGCUUACAUGUCAUUCUUCAAACAGAACACCUUCCAUGUUCAUCUGAGCGACAACCUUUAUAACAAUGUCAAGAUCUACAGCCGGGAAAGAUCACUAGACCUCUACGCUCGCUUUCGACUCUGGUCGGAUGACGAUGCGGUUGCCGGACUGAACAACUACAAGAACGAAUCUUAUACCAGGGAACAGUUCGACGAGAUCCAGUCAGCAUGCGCAGCCCGUGGAGUCACCAUUCUCCCAGAAAUCGAAGCUCCUGGCCAUUCUCUGCCCUUUGUCCAAUGGAAACCAGAACUUGGACUUGCAGAUGACCUUUCCUUGCUGAACAUCAGCCACCCUGAGACUAUUCCGACAAUGAAGACAGUAUGGAGCACUUUCCUACCGUGGUUCCAUACGAAAACCGUCCACAUAGGCGCAGACGAGUACACAGCGGAGGUCAAUGACUAUAAUAUCUUUGUCAACAGCAUGGCAGACCACAUUCAUAAUGAGGCAAACAAGUCCACAAGGAUCUGGGGGACUUUUCCACCUAACUACACUGAUCCCGACUACAUCAACAUCUACGAAAACGUUUCAGUGCAACACUGGGAGUUCUUCGAGGACAACCCUCUGUACGACUAUAUCUUGAACAAUUACACAGUACUGAACUCUGAUGACACGUACUACGUGGUGAACAAAUGGUCUGGCAGUUACCCGCCUCAAGUCAACGUCUCCGCAACUUUCAUCGGUAACCCCAACACUGGAGGGGGCCUUUGGUAUCCAUAUGUUUUCGACGCCCGAAACAGCUCAAAUAAUCCAUCUCGUGAUGAGCCCCACGUUCUUGGGGAGAUAGCACCGCUUUGGAACGAUUAUGGUCCGAAUGCCACCGUGUAUUCGGAGACCUUCUACGCAUGGAGAAGAGGAAUACCCGCUUUGGCUGACAAGCAAUGGGGUGGUAACCUGACUGCGGAUGAGUUUGAUGCUAUCCUCGAGGAACUCAGGACGUACAUUCCGGGGCAGAACCUCGAACGCUCGGUCCCUUCCGUCACAUCGACGAUACUGGACUACUCGUUCGACGAAGGGUACGCUACAGGAUCAACUGUAUCAGAUCGUUCCGGUAACGGUUAUGAUGGCAAUAGCGACUGUUCAAGGACAGAGAGAGGAUCUCUUCUUGUUGAUGCUUGCACCCUUACGACACCGUUGCUGUCAAAGGGGAGGGACUACACGCUGACUCUAUCUUUACUCGUAUCCUCCCUGGGCAACGCCACGGACGCAACGCUGAUAUCGGGCCUUGAUUCCACCCUGAUGCUAACGCCCAACAUCACGCUCUUCCAGGGAGGCAAUCAUUAUCGGCUCAAUUCAACCUUGGCGCUAAACCAGCGACUUGACUUGAGUAUUAUCGGACGGGGAAAUCAAACAUUCGCCAGAAUCAAUAAAGGUAGAGAAGAAGAAUUUCUAACCAAAAUGGGCAUCAACGGCGAACGGUUUGAGUGGGGCCCGCUAGCAAUUGAAGCGCCGGUAAACAAACUGGGAGGCGAGAAUGCGGGGUGGCGCGGCGAAAUAUACGCCUUGAAGCUCAAGAACGUAGCGUGACAACUCCUAAAGGCACACGCGCGCAACUGAGAUGUUUCUGUUAUUCGUGGAUCCGAAAGUCUCCGAAUAGAGGUUGUUCGCGCAGAUUGUAUAUAGCCGGUGGACCCAAGAUCGUGAAACAAGCUAAGCCAACCAGAGCCUACUGUGACGAUCGAAACAAUCUUGAUAGUGCCCCUAGCAUAACCUGUGCAUAUUGCAGGAUGGGGUACAGCAUAACGAAUUACUCCUUGUCUGCUAGUCUUGUGGACGGACC